CCUCCAAGAGGUUGGAACUCCUACGAUGCAUUUAGCUGGGUCAUUUCCGAAGAAGAAUUCUUACAGAAUGCAAAUAUAGUUUCUCAGAAGUUACUUUGUCAUGGAUAUGAGUAUGCUGUUGUGGAUUUCCUCUGGUACAGGAGUCUGAAGGGUGACAAAAAUUCUAUUGAUUUUGAUAUGAUUGAUGAAUGGGGAAGAAUGCUCCCUGACACUGAAAGAUGGCCUUCUUCGGGAGGAAGAAGAGGGUUCACUGAUGUAGCUAACAAAGUGCAUAAUAUGAGUUUGAAGUUUGGGAUUCAUCUUAUGGCUGGAAUCAGUACACAGGCAUUCAAUCAUAACACGCCAAUACUAGAUACAACUACGGGACAACCUUACAUGGAAUCUGGUCGAGUGUGGUACGCGAAAGACAUUGGAAUCCCAUCAAGGGCUUGUAGAUGGAUGAAUAAUGGUUUCAUGGCUAUAAACACAACAACAGGAGCUGGAAAAGCCUUCCUAAGAUCAAUUUAUGAGUUAUAUGCUUCUUGGGGAGUUGAUUUUGUGAAACUAGAUUGUGUAUUUGGUGAGGACCUGGAUUUGGGUGAGAUAACAUAUGUAUCAGAGAUUCUGAAUGGCCUUAACAAUUCCAUUGCAUUUUCUUUGUCUCCUGGAGUCAGUGCAACACCAGAAAUGGCUGAGAUGGUUAGUGGUCUAGUUAACAUGUACCGUGUAACAAAAGAUGACUGGGAUAAAUGGCCAACAAUCUUAUCUCAUUUUAAUGUAUCAAGAGACUUUGCCGCAUCUAAUUUAACAGGAGCAAAAGGUUUAAAGGGACAAUCUUGGCCUGAUUUGGACAUGCUACCAUUUGGAUGGCUAACUGAUCCAGACGCUCAUGAAGGUCCACACAGGUUUACUAACCUUACUCAAGAUGAGAAAAGAACUCAGAUGACUUUGUGGUGUAUGGCAAAGUCUCCCAUUAUGUAUGGAGGGGAUCUACGGAACAUUGAUCCACAGACCUAUGAUCUUAUCACAAAUCCUACCCUUCUGGAGAUAAACUCUUUUAGCUCAAACAAUCAGGAGUUUCCUCAUAUCACAACAUUAGAUGGUGCCAAGACCGCAGGACACAAUGUCACAAAAGUACAGUCUACUUACUCCAAUCUUGCAGCUGAAGGUUAUCCUGAUGGAGUUAGAUCUUGGAUUGCAACUGGAAGAAACGGGGAGGUCUAUGUUGCUUUUUUCAAUCUAAAUGAUGGGAAAACAACAAUAUCUGCAAACAUAGUAGACCUGGCUAUUGUGCAACCAGGUGGAAGCAUGUUGAGACUUUGCUGGGGAAUCGAAACAUGGAGUGAAACAUAUGUAACAACGAAUGAUGCAUUAUCAGCAGAAGUGGCAGGUCAUGGAAGCGCAUUGUUUGUCCUUCGUUGCUUUUAAAAUUUGGCAUCAAAUCUUAUUUCAAUAUUUAUAUUUUCAUAUUUCAACUUCAAUCGAUGCUUUUAAUUUAGCAAAUAUUUUGUUCGACUAUACUUCUAUUAAAAACACAAAUCAAAUGUUUAUAUAAUCUCAUGUAAGAAAUUCUUGACUUUGUGAGAAAAUC